AUGCACCUUUCGCAACAAAAUAAUGAAAUGUUUAUGCUGCUACUCACUUAUUUACGCGAUUUCAUUGUGUUGCCAUGGCUACUGUUGCACUUGCUGCGUUUCGUUGCGUUUACAGUGCCACCUGAUAUUCUUGAUUAUCCAACCAGCACCGAUAUGGUGAUACGAGAAGGCUCCAAUGUUACGUUGAAAUGCGCAGCAGUUGGCUCACCAACGCCGACCAUCACGUGGCGGCGCGAAGGAGGCGAACCCAUACCACUGCCAAAUAAUUCAGAAGUGAUCGCCUACAAUGGCUCCUACUUGACCAUAUCGAAGGUGAAACGUUUAAAUAUGGGCGCAUACUUGUGCAUCGCUUCAAAUGGCAUUCCACCAACGGUCAGCAAGCGAGUAAUGCUAAUUGUGCACU